AUGGAAGAUUCUCGCUCCCAACUUGUGGCCGUUGACCGUCGGUCAAUUAAUCUAUUGUUUGAUGACGAAUGUUUCGAGGAUGACGACCCCGACAAAACCGAUAAUGGUACACAAACAAAACGCAUUUCACGCCAGAAAGGCAAAGCUGAAGUCAUACCAAGUUUAAUGUUCCAAAGGUCCUUAAAACAAAUGACUCUAUCGGAAAAGCCUGCAAAAAGAAGAGUAAAAUUUAUGAACUGGACGAAGUUUCACAAGCUAAACGUAAUAUAUUCAUUUAUGGAUGACUUAGAAAAGGAUUUCCCAGCCAUAUGCACAGUUUCAGUUAUUGGCAAAUCUGUGGAAGGAAGAGAUAUUAAGAUGUUGAAGAUAUCCAAUAGCGACGCCAGCAAUCCCGCAAUAUGGUUGGAUGCGGCGAUACAUUCUCGCGAGUGGAUCACUACAGCGGUAGUCACUUACCUUGCCGACUUCAUCGUCAGGAACUUCCACAAACUUUCCAAAUCCAUCACUGAUAAGGAUUGGUUCAUAGUUCCAGUGCUGAACCCCGACGGCUAUGUGUACACUCACACGAAGGAUCGUAUGUGGAGGAAGAACCGCGCCAAGCAAGACGGCGAGCGAGUUGGCGUUGACCUCAACAGAAAUUUUAGCUAUGGUUGGGGUAACAACGGAGAUGAAGGGUCAUCAGAUUUACCCAAUCAUGUAUUUUAUAAAGGACCUGCACCGUUUUCGGAGCCGGAAAGUUGUGCUGUGAGGGACACAAUACUAAGCUCGCAGACGAUGUUUAAGGUCUACCUCUCGUUCCAUAGCUACUACGAACUGAUUCUAUUCCCAUGGGGACACAAGGCAGAGCCGUGCCCCGACUAUCUGCGACUGCUGGAAGGCGGCACUGUCAUGGCAAGGGCAAUUUAUGAUAACAGCGGAAUGAUAUAUAAAGUGGGGUGCACAAAAGACCUUACAUAUUUCGCAUGUGGAACUAGCUCAGACUGGAGUUAUGGUAUUGCGAAAAUCCCAUACUCGUAUAUGAUAGAACUGCGCAGUAAGAAACAUAGAUUCAAAGUGCCAAACGACCAAAUUUUAGAAACGUGCCAUGAAAUUUGGCACGCAGUCGAAAGCUUGAUGGAGUUCGUUGAUAAACCACAGACCAAAUUUUAG